AUGCGCAUCGCAUCCAAAAGGCUUCAAAAGGAGCUGGCCGAGCUCCGCUUGAAUGGCCCACCUGUCGGCACGGAGAUCAUCAAGGCGGAUGAUCUUCAGACUUGGGUCUUUUCUGUAGAGGUACUUGGAGAGAGCGUUUACAAAGGGGAGAAGUUUGCGCUGGUGAGUGAGCACGGCGGCGGGCUUGCAUUGCCAUUGACAAGAAGAGAAAGACUUCGAGAGGCUAAACAUACGAGCAUUGGAGGGUGACAGAACGACAGUUCCCGGCGUUGGAGCUAGGCUCAGCCGUUCCUCCGGCUGCCAACGCGCGACUGACGGCCUGGCUGAUCCGACUGCCUAUGCUUUCCCAUUCGCACAUCGCGCAUCUGCAGAGAUUUCGGUUCCCCGACGCUUACCCGAUGGAGAGCCCAGAAGUAGUCUUCUUGACCACAGACGGCUGGUCAGCUCCUGCUGUGAGUGGGCGAGCAGGGACACAUUUGCAGCGUCAUUGGGGCUCUCUGACCUUGGCCGUGUCUGGCGUACUCUAGCAUGGUCACAUCUACACUAACGGUCGUGAGCAUGUGGUUUGCUUCGUUCCACGCGGCUCGCCUGCUGAUCGAUACGCUACCGAUGCAAUCGCUCCCCGCCGUGCUCCGGAACAGACAUCUGCGGUGAGUGGCUUAGUAGUUGUGCCUGACGGUGACCCCUACGCCGUCUCUUGGAGCAUCGUCACUAACACUUUUCAAACCUCUCGCAACAGCCUCGAUUCUGGCCAACGAGUGGUCCCCAGUGCUGCACGCCACCAGUGUGCUCUUGACUAUUCAGUCCAUGCUCGCGUCGUCCAAGAAGUGCGUGCGCACCGUUGAGGCGACAGCCAGACUUUCUCGUUAUCGCUGAACAAGCUUGCCCUGCACUCCUUUUGUUGUGCUUGCAGAAAGGAGCACCCACCCGAUAAUGAUCGAUACGUCAAAAGAGCCCCGAUCUCGCGUGAGUAGAUUGCCAGCACAUGUGUGUGACACCUCUCAUUGACCACUGCACUGCCAUCCGACGCUCUCACGAUGCACAGCCAAGGACACGCAUUGGUGAGUGUGUCGUCCCUGUUCGAUGGUCGAAGGUCGCUUUCUGACGCAUUCGUCCGCUUUCGAGCAGGGCUUUUCACGACGAUGAUGUCUAA